GCUCAUCUCCACCCAACUUGAGAGUUUUUGCUAUAAAUGCAGAACGCUUGCAUUCCCUUUUUCAUCACACUCAACUAUCUUUAGUAACUGAGAGACGAACAAACAAAAAAGCUUAAGAAAAGAGAGAGAUGGAAGGUUCUUGUAAUAACCGUUGCCAUUUGCUCACUGUCUUUCUUAUUUUAGUAGCCUUUACUACAUUCAUGGAGUUCGCCUCAGCAGCAAGGCCAGUUACCAGACGUACUAAUACAGAGUUUAUAAGAACAUCUUGUAAGUCAACAACUUAUCCCAACCUUUGUUUCAGCUCUUUAUCAAGCCAUGCAAGUGCUAUUGGAGUUUCCGCUCAUCUUAUGGCCCAUGCUGCCCUCACCAUCAGCCUUGAAACAGCACAGUCAACAUCUGCCAUGAUGAUGAAGGUGGCACAUGGUCAAGGCAUGACGAAAAGAGAGGUUGGCGCCAUGAGCGACUGUGUGGAGGAACUAGGUGACACAGUCAGUGAACUGAGAAAGUCUUUGGGUGAAAUGAAGCAAGUAAGAGGAAGAGAUUUUGACCUGAAAAUGAAUGAUAUUCAAACUUGGAUAAGUGCCGCCUUGACCAACGAGGACACCUGCACUGAGGGAUUCGGUGGAAAAGUCAUGAAUGGGAAAGUUAAGACAGUAGUAAGGGGAAAGAUACUGGAAGUUGCACACAUGACAAGCAAUGCGUUGGCUUUGAUCAACAGCCUUGCCGCCCUUCAUGGCUAAAGCAAAUGUUCAUUUACAACGUAUAUAUACAGUAUUGUUAGUCUUUCACCAAUAUUAGUUCUUUUUCAUUGAUUCCUGCAGUAGCAGGGCCUCCGCUUUAGGUGAUUGUGUCAUGAUCUAUAUGCUUUUAUAGAAAAGGUAAUAUUUGUGAAUGA